CGCGACGAUGUGCUAGGAACUUUUCUUUGCGUAUACAGACUUCUCUGCUCUCCGCUGCUCGAUUUUACCCAUUUUCUGGAGCUGCCGUGCAUCCGCGAGGAGUGCAGUUCAAGACUGCCCCGGCCGCCUCGCUUCCACUAGCUCUGAGUAGUCUAUGCGCUUGCCGUCUCCCCUUCUUUUCCUCUUGUCUCGAGAGGACGAAUUUGUUUACAUCCUUGCAACGAUUCUCCAUCUGAGAAUCUGCAUUUUGUUCAGGGCGUUCUAGCAAGGUGACCCUGACUCCGUGAUCUGGAUGGCACUGCCAUCGACGGUGUGGCUUUGUGGUGGAUCGAUGAGAGCCAGCCUAAAGGUUGCCGACUUCUGCGAAACUGGAGUUUCCGUUUUUUCUCCCCAUACGUUGUCCCGAAGUCGUCUCACAUAUUUGAGUUUUCUCAACGGAUCCUUCGCCGACGGAUCCUGAAGUUAGUCCAGGCGCCCUUCCGUCAGCUGUCAGGAAAAGUGAGCGCAAAGAAGACCCCACUAAGAUCGUCACCUGGUGACUUCUACAACAUUUUCCUUUGUUCUCCUUUGUCCUGAUCGUCAAACGGGUCUCCAACGUCCUGUCCUGUUCAUCAAGACGGUGCGUCAGUUGCCAGCUGGCUUUCUGCGCCAAAUCUUUCCCGUUUUCUUGUCUCCGAGACGGGGACCUGUCGACGCCUUCGUCCUCCGUUCCACGCGUAGCUCUCUGACUUGUCCCUCGGCAAAUGACGAAGGAGCAAACCACCAGUUGUUGCUUUGUCCUAGGCACACUUGUCUGUGUGCUGCCCUUUGGUUUCUGUCCUUGCACCCGGGAGGGCAACGCAGCCUUCUCCGGUGGUGUGCCUGUCCUGCCCGUCCACGCGGCAACAUCCGUUCUCGCGGGUUCUCUCAGGUUGCUGGUUCGCGAGGCCAUCCUUGCGAUCGAUAUUUUCAUGGGUUUGCAGCUGCGCUGACACGUAUGGGCUCAAACAAUGUUUCCACUGUGUUUUUCUCAAAUGCUCGCUGACGGCGGACUCCUGCACUCGGGUGUUUCUGGUCUUCUGUGACGCGGAACAGACUUCACGGGGCUGUUGUGCUCGUGGCAUACUGCCUGUCCAGGAAGUUUCCACCCGAACUGGUUUUCGAUUUCAUUUGCAGUGUAAAGCAUCCGACUGCGCCUGAAACCACCGUGCGAUUCCAUUCCUCGGUCGUCGCGCAAACAUCCCGAAGACGGAGGGAACGGCUGCCUGCCCGUCAAAGGGUACCGCCGACCUUGCCGCCAUCUCAAAUUUUUCGUAACCUGUUUUGCCGUAAGCACUAUGAAUGCCUGGAGCUGCAGCUCGCGUUGUUCGCGUCUUCUUCAUGGAUAGCCCAAAUCUGGAACGCUCUCCCUCCUGCUUUGUCUCUCUCUGUCUACGAUGUCGCUGCCCCCCCAGUGGCAGCCACCUGGUCACAGCGUCUCUUCUGAACAGGACUCAGUCUCUGCUUUUUCGCCUGUCGCUCCUUCUACCUUGGUGCGGAGGCCAGCGUCGUUUUCUCUCAGUGAUUGCCCAUGCGUGGCCGGUUCGUCAGGCGGCUCGGUCGCAGAUGCUCAGCCCUGGAGUGUCCCCUGCCAUGUAGCCGCUGCCUCCUCAGCUGUCUCCUCCCAGCGUGCAUUGUCGACUUCCGCCGCGACGCCUUCAGGAGGCCUCCGUGUCGCGCAGAAGAGCUCCGAGGCGGCGCCUCGAGCCUUGCAUGCAGUUGCGGACCCCAUGUCUCUCAACGCCCCUCCUAUUCACAACUCGGGGAGUCCGCCUGCGCUUUCCUGUGACGUAUCAGGAAACCGGAACGGACAGGCGCCGUCAGCGGCGCCUCUCGAGUCUGGACCUUCCGCCGCGAGCCCCUGGAGGCGGACGAUGGGGGGACAGGGAGUCGGCGAGGGGCUUCCGUUCCAACAAGUCAGACUGUCGUUCUCCUCUCGUGUCCAGAACGGAGACGAGAGCAAAUCUGCGUGCGUUUCCGCGUCCUCAGAUCACCUCCGUGACGCUUGGGCGGACGGGAUCCAAGACGGGGCUCAACCGGGCUCCCGUGACAGGCCACGGCGACGCAGAGGCCGCGUGACCUCGAGAGACUCCUCGGAGCACGAUGGCGCUUCGCUGUCGGCGGCGACGCUCCCUGGCGGGUGGCCUCUCGAGGAAUGUGUGCAGCGGAAUACAGCCAGCGACGACGGGGACGCCUCUGUCGCUGGAGACGAGCCGGUCGCGAGUGGCUCUUGCGGCGAUUGGCCAGCCUUGCGCGAGAAAGAGUGGCUGGAGCUCUCCAACCCCUCCGCUUCGUGUUGUUCUGCGCCUUCAGCUUCGGUGUCGGCCGUGGCUGGGCCUCUUGCCUCGAGUGCCUGCUUCCCGCAUGCAGACUCUUCUGCAUUCUCUUCGCGCGCCUGCGCCGUCGCGCCUGGAAGACAGGCCCAGCUAGCUGUGCGGUGGGAAGCCUUUCGGCACCCGGCGUUGACGGAGCGCGAGGAGAGGGAGAGGACGAUUCUUCGUGUGCAGGAGGAACAGAGACAGGUCCUUUUGGAAAUUCAGCAGCAGAGAGAGGAGGCGAGAAGACGCGGCGAGGAGCUGCCGGACGAACCGCCUCCGGAGCUGGCAUGCAAAAUGUGUGGCGUGGACGACAGCGGGAAUCUCCUUCACCCGGGAUGCGUGGACAUGGAUGAGUUUCUCGCCUCUCUCGGCGGGCUGUACGACGUAGGUUUGAAUCAGGAGGAGGAGAAGACCGUUCAGGAGGAACUCCAGAGUCUGCAGGAGAGGCUGCAGAAACUUCUGGUCAAGAUGGGCCGGUCCUCUGGGCGCGGAGAAGGCGGAGGACCAGUCUCUCAGAGAGAGCCGGCGCGAGUGCCGGAAGUGGUCUUUCAGAAUAUCCUCGAGAAAGAGAUCCGAAGUUUCCAGGACCUCGUCAUCGACGAACACAAAGAGAAGAGAAAACUCUUCAGACAACUCGCGGGAGGGUGUCGACGACACGUGGAAACUGUGGAGAAGAAGAAGCAAAUGAAGGCCGAAGAGGAAGAAAGGCGACUACGCGCUGUGGCGAAGAGCACAUGCGGUCCCGUCGAGGUCUUCUGGCGACGCAUCGAGCGCCUCGUGUGGGAAAGGGAAAAGCGGCAGCUUCAGAGGCAACUCCACGAGAAGAAGAAGCAGAGGCUGGAUCGACUUGUCAGUGAGGCAAUGCAGCAGUGCCGCCGGCUUGCUCAGGGUCUCCGAAAGCCGUGCCUUCGUAGUACAGCUGCCCAGCACGAUGGAAGCAAACGGUUAACGUCAGAAACGACCAUGUCUUCUCGGCGCAACAGCUUCGUCUCUGACGAGGAGGCAAAGACUGAGAGGCAGGGACCAGGUCGAAGCGAGAGCCGCUUCAGCUCUGGCCGACGGGCGAAGGCGAAGACCGAGGGGGGAGAAGAAGACGAUGGAGAGAAAGAGUGGACUGCGUCGAUGUUUGCCAAGGACCAAGAAGAAGAAGACGACCGCCUUGAGGCAGAAAUGGAGAGAGAAGAAGACGAAGAGCAAGAAGAUUUGCAGAGUGAACUGCAGGGCCUACAAGAUGAAGCCAGUAUUCCCGUGGAGGAACUCUUGAAAAGGACCUACGGCGUAGAAGGAGGCCUGACGCAACUCGCUUCUGACAGGCAGCGGGAGCAGAAAGAGAAAGCUCACAGAGCAGACAAAGACGAAGAAGACGGAGAGGAAGAAGAUGGAGAGGCAGAAGAUGGAGAGGAAGGAGAUGGGGAGGAAGAAGAUGGAGAGGAAGGAGACGGGGAGGAAGAAGAUCGAGAGAAUCCGUGGUCACCGUUAGGACAUUCGAAGGAACAAGAAGAAGAAGAUGAACGUCUGGACGUCGAAAUGGAGAAGGAAGAGGAGGACGAACAAGAAGACACGGAAGCUGAGCUCCGCGGACUCCAAGACGAAGCGGCCAUGCCCGUCGAUGAACUGUUGAAGAGGAUCUACGGCGUGGAAGGGGGCGAGGCACAGCUGGCUGCGGACAAGCGGCGGGAGGUGGAUGGCAAGGCGCGUCGAGAGAAGGCAGUCAAAGAAGCUGAAGCAUCAGGAGGAAGGGGACAGGCCGACCGACAGGAAGAGCGAGAAGAACGCAGAUGUCAACAGGGAGAGAAGGAGAUAAAAGCGGAGCUAAGAGGAAGAGAGGCGGCGGCAGAGAAGAUAGGGGACACUGAACACUCCGCAGACGAUGACGACGACAACAGAAGCGAGUUUAGCUUGGAUGGCGGGGCCUUCGGGAAACAGAAAGAAGAAGAUGAAGAGCUCGACGCUGCGAUGGAAGCCGAGGAAGAAGAGGAGGAAGAAGACGAGUUGAAAAGGCUGCAAGAGGAUGCCGAACUACCUAUAGAGGAGUUGAUUCGAAGAUUUGGUGCGCCGUCGUCGGGACGCAUGGAAGAAGAGGAAGAAGAGGGGACCAGCAGCGAGGACGAAGUCGUGAUCCCUGUUCAGCGCAGUCUGCGUCGGAGACGUCAGCGCGGCGACUCUUCCUGCGAGGUGAAGCAGGAAGCUUCCAGUCCGUGUUCUGAAGUCCGCAGUGUGAGCCCAGGUCAACCCGUUGAAGAGCGGGACUCAGUAAAGAGAGAGAGAGGCGCGAGUGAGGAUCGAGAGGAGGCCGACAAGCGCGAGGCGAAGACUGGAGACGCGUCGUCUGCAGAUGACUCGAGAGAUGAUCUUUCGAGGAGAGAACAAUCGGAGAGGGAGGGGAACCGUCAGCUGCGGUGGCCGUCGCUGUCAGAUGCCGAGCCACGGUCCCCGGCAGGCGCCAGGGUGCAGAACAUGAAGCGCGAGGAGGGCGAUUCAAAGCGCGUUUUGGCUGUGAAGCCGAGCAAGGCGGAGGUCGUGUGUGUAUGCUCCCCUCACUCAGCAGGUGCAGUUGCGAACAAGAGCACGGAAGAGGAGAACUUGACUGGGUUUUCGUCGGCUCUUUCGCAGGGUCCGCAUGGAGAGGGUCGCGGCGGACAGAGCUCUGAAAAGACGAAGUCCGCUUCCGACACUGAGCCAUCGCCGCAGCCUCGUUACCUAUCGUCGAAUCCAGCUCCCGCGUUGGUUCGGGCGACGCUCCGCACGUAUCAGUCAGAGGGUGUUCAGUGGCUCUUUGCCCUGCACGACAAAGGCCUGAAUGGCAUUCUCGCAGACGAAAUGGGGCUGGGGAAGACUCUGCAGACGAUCGUGCUGCUCGCGCGGCUUGCCCUCGAGCGCGGCGUGUGGGGGCCGCACCUGAUCGUCGUGCCUACGAGUGUGAUGCUCAACUGGGAGCGUGAGUUCUUCAAGUUUUGCCCGGGCUUCAAGGUGCUCGUCUACUUCGGCAGCGCCCAGGAACGCGCGAAGAAACGCACAGGAUGGUCGCGGCCCUACGCGUUCCACGUCUGCAUCGCUUCGUACUCGACGGUGGUCAAGGACGCGCAAAUUUUCAGACGGAAAAAGUGGUACUCUCUCGUCCUCGACGAGGCCCAAAACAUCAAGAAUUUCCACAGCCGAAGGUGGCAAACGCUCUUGACCUUCAACACGCAACAUCGGCUCCUCCUGACGGGCACACCCUUGCAAAACAACCUCGCCGAACUCUGGUCGCUCAUGCACUUCCUCAUGCCCACUGUGUUCCAGUCCCACGACGACUUCAAGGAGUGGUUUGGAGACCCGCUCACAGCGGCCAUCGAACAGGAACAAGUCUCAGAACACCAGCAAUUGCUCGAAAAGCUCCACGCCCUUCUGCGGCCGUAUCUCCUGCGUCGCCUGAAAAAAGAUGUCGAGAAGCAAAUGCCGCGCAAGUACGAACACGUGGUUCGCUGUUCUCUCACAAAGAGACAAAAGUGCUUGUACGACGAAUUCAUGCAGAGACGCCAAGUCCAGCAGACUAUGGCCGCCGGCAAUUACAGGGGAAUGAUGAACAUUCUGAUGCAGUUGCGGAAGGUGUGCAAUCACCCCGACUUGUUUGAGCCCAGGCCGAUCGAAACUCCAGUUGGAGGCGGAGGUGUUAACGCGCUCUCGUACGACAUCCCGGCAAUGAUUUGUCUGUGGCUGCAUGAACCGUGGAACUGGUGCAUCGAGGAACGCUUUCGGCGUGUCACGCUGCCGAUUAUCUCUUUGAUCCACUACGAGAUAUUGUUCUCAUCUCUUCAACAUGGCCUGGCUCAGAAUUUGUCGCCACUUCGUCUCCUCGCCCCUGCGUCUUCCUCGUCUCUUCUGCAGUUCUCUCCGUUUGACCUCUUGUCUGCCGCCACUCCUCUGGAAGAGUGUGACCUUCUCUCGCUGCCUCAGCCAGUGUACACACGCCGGUUGCAUGCAGACAAUAGCAGGAACUCGUCAGCCAGUGGUCUCCCCUGCUCGUCGUCUUGUUCUUCUUCGGUUGCGGCAGGGGUCACUCGCUUCCCUGCACUGUCUCCGCAUGUGCCUGUCGAGAACCAAGGGAACGCGUUACCUCUGUCGCUACCUCUCCAAGAAGACGAAAGAAUCCAAGAGUUCAUUCUCCCUUGUCAGUCACCCGAAUCUCAGAUUUCUUCUGGCCAUGUGUCGGAGCCUUUUCCCGGAGCGACUGGAUCCUCUCACAAGGUACCCAGCGUUUGGAGCGCCGAAACCGCCCGCCACAUGUGCGUCGACAUGCGCGUGCAAGGCUGUCCUGGGUCUCUGGCACCUUGCGCUUCUCCCGCCGCUGCCACGGCUCCCUCUGGCCCUCCUCAAGGCCCCCAGGUUCCAUCUUCGUCGCCCUCUCUUGUCCAGUCUCCUGUGCAUCCUUCUUUCCCUGUUGCCUCUGCUCUCCCGCUGUCUCGUCCUGGGACAGGGUCGCAAGACUCGGUCGGUUCUCCACCAAGUGGCGUGUCGCCGAAUUCCACCUUUCAGUCUCACUCGUCUUCUCACUGUUCCCUGCUCUCUGGACCGGCUCCUCACUCUCUAGGAGAGCGGGAGGCUGUGCCUCCACUUCGCUCGGCCGAGCGAACCUUUUCGUGGGUCCACCCAGAUGCAGACCGCGAAGGCGUCUCUGCCUCUGUCGGAGGGGAAGCGCUUGACCGUGGGGAGUUUCUAGGCCCGAUAGGCGGCUCGAGCCAGGGACCGUCGCCUGGUGGGGGUCGCGCUUCGCCGCUGACGCCCGUGGACAACAGCAGCGGGCCGGACUGUGACGAGCCGGGAGAGGAGGGACAGAGAGAAAGCCGGGCGACAGAGGAGCGGCUUUUCACCCCUUCUGGUGUCCACGCGUCGUCUCCGUCUCGAGUCGCCCUUGAGGCGCGUGGGGACGAAAAUCCCUUGGAAGGUCCCCCCUUGUUUGAGUCGGGAGAGGCCGCCGAGGCAGUUGGAAGUCGAGGCAUGCGUCCUCUGUCUCCUGCCGAGGACGCUGGCGUGCACGGUUUCGCAGGCGUCCCUCCGAGUCUUCGAGCUGCAGAACCAGCCUUGGCAACGGCGGCGGUGCCCGCGUCUCGGGCUGCGUCUGGUGCUUCUUCUCUCCAAGCAUCGCCGUGUGAAACCCCAACCACAGAGAAGAAACUGGGUUCUUCUGGAGGCCCUCCGACCGGCUUGCGCGUGUCUGCGCGUGCGGCGGCCCGGCGGUGUCGGGAGGAGAGGCUCGCUGGGCACGAUGAAUCUGUGAAAAACGAAGGCAAACAGCCGUUCUUAAGCGACGCGUCUGGAUCAGCGAUGCCUCCUUCUUCCGUGCUCCCUCUAUCGGCGACCAAACGAAGAAGGCUGAUGACUGCGGCGAUGAGCCCGGGAGAGGGGAGGAGAAACGGCGAAGGCACCGAGUCCGACGUGCUGUCUCUCGGGACUCUCCUCGAGGUUCCGCUUCUCCGGAACACGACAGAUGACGGGAGCACGGCGCCUAGAGCAGGCGCUUCUGCGUCCGCGUCCUCCGCCUUGCCUGCGAAUUCUGUCUCUCUGGUGCUUACCCAACCGUUUGGGUCUGCGUCGAUUCCAGACUUGGACGGUUUUCUCGCGGCCCACGCCAGGCGUCGCUGCUGCGGUCGCGACCGGCGCCUCCUUCUCCGAAACUGUUUCCCCGUCCCGCCUGCCUUUGUGUCUCACCUCAUGCGCCAGCAGGAGGACAGUGAGAAGGACGGCAAGGUUAUGGAAGACGAGGACCUGGUUUUGAAUGGGGACGCAGAGGCGGCUGCUCUGUCUUCUGGUUUAGCUGAUUCACUGAGCUCGCGGGCGGGCGCCGCAGGUGGCACAGGAGGCGUCGGCUCGCCUCCGGCCUUGGAGAGAGGCGGGAAGGCACGGCGACAAGCCAUGCGGGGAAUCAAGCGCGCUGGCACUCUCUGGAGACGCUGGAUUUCCAGCGAAAGAUGUGAGAUGCAGCCUGCUUUGUGUCUCGUCGACGCGACCGGCGGCGAGUCCUUCCUAGACAGCUUCACGCCGGGAGAAUCCGAAUUUACGGCGGGCGAAGACAGAGGCAUGCACAAGGACACACAGACAACGUUUCUCGCGCGACCCGCGGAACCCUUCAGCGCUGCUGUCGACGCGAACGAGGGGACUCGCAUGCGCAAAGCAGAGUUCUGGCGGUCAGAAGAGAUGCGAUGCGAGGCGUCACAGGCGAUGUUUCUCUUCGCAUCCAGUCUAUCACUCGCGUCACCUCCUCUGUUCGGGGGGCGCGACACUCGCGAGCUGCUCAGAAAGGAAAUUUGCCAAUCUCCCUUGAAUCCCGUCGGCAGCGUCCACGAGCCGAUUAGAGCCUCCGGGGACUUCCUGGCUCGGACGGAGACUCUUCGGCGCAUCACACCAACCCCCACAGAGGUCUUUGAACGCGACCAAAGCGUCAUUCUACGCUGCUCGGUUCUCUGCAAUCCUCGGGUCCAACCCGGCCCCCCCCGUAUCUUCCUGCGAGGUCCUGGUGGCAUCCAAGCUCGGGAGAACUCUUUUUCGGCGUUCGCAGAGAGUUUGGAGUUCCUCCAGGGUAGCGCUGCUGAGCUCCAUGAAGCAGUAGAGAGACAGAGGCGCAUCUUCCCGCACAAGCAGACCCUGCAAGAUGACUGUGGCAAACUGAUUGUGUUGGCUGAACUCCUCACGAAACUCCGAGCUGACGGCCACCGCUGUUUGCUGUUCACACAGUUCAGUAAGAUGCUGGAUGUGCUGGAAUCAUGGAUCAACCACCAGGGCUUCACGUACGUACGUCUGGACGGCAGCACAAAGGUGGACCAACGCCAGAGAGUCGUCACUAGAUUCAAUGCAAAUCCACGCAUUUUUUUGUUCAUCUCUUCCACGCGAGCGGGCGGAGUCGGGCUGAACCUCACAGGUGCCGACACGGUUAUCUUCUACGACACGGACUGGAACCCCGCCAUGGAUCGGCAGGCUAUGGAUAGAUGCCAUCGCAUCGGCCAGACUCGCGACGUCCACGUCUACCGUCUGGUCACUGAACACUCGAUUGAAGAGAACAUCUGGCGCAAGCAACUUCAGAAGAGGCUCCUCGACGAGGUUGUCGUCGACCGUGGUCUAUUCACCAUGGAAAAUACAACGCGGGAGGGGCAUCUCGGACAACAGACUCAGGACAAGGAAGCCGCACGGGAAUGGUUUGCGAACGCUGAGACUCUGAAGGAUUUGCUUGCUUCUCCGGAGGAGAGCAGAGCGAAAUCAGGCUUCAAGGACGACAUCUAUGCAGACCGCAUUCUACACGACUCUGCAGAGGACAACCCCGAUGACACAGAGGCAUCCACUCAUGUGCCGAGGUCGGGCAAAAGGGGAGCAGGACUUGGAGGAGGCGGGGAGUUUGAAGCAGCCAUUCUGGAGGUCGAAGACGUCGAGGACGUGGCCGCGAUGCAGCAGACAACCAGGGAGGAGAAGCAAGCUAAACAGGAGUUGCAGCAGGAUUUCCGAGGGGAGAAAGUGGGAGAAGAAGGCACAGUAGAUUUGAAUGGUGCGCUGGAGCGGAUGCCUGCCUUGGCGGCAUACUGUGUGCGCCUUAUCAACGAAAACAAGCCACCGAGUCUUCUCGCGCAGAUAGCUCAGCUUAAGACACAAGUUCGAGCCGAAGGCGACGAAGACGAAGAGAAGCCCAACGACGAAGACAGGCAGAGUGAAUCAGAGGAGCCACAGAGGUCGAGCGAGGACGACGGGCCCGCGCUGUGGGAGAGUGAGAUCGAGUCCACAGAAGAGGACGAUGAAUAGCACUGGUGUACGAAGAGAAGCGAAAGACUUCAACGGGAGAAGUCCAUGUGCAGAUGUUCAAGUUUUGGGGGGAGAUUUGUGUAUUACUGAGGACGACAUGAGAUGCGCGUGUGCAGGUGGUAGUCCAAGAAGGCUGCACUGAAACCAACCUUGAUAUGAGGUGUCGCAGCAUUUGUGGACUUUGGGUUGUAAGCCCGUCACAGAGACGACUCAGGGGAUGGGGAGAGUGGAGUGGACAAAAACACGAGUGUGUUGUAAGAACAUGUUCGAAUAUUCAAGCAGGCAACUUGAACGCGGUCAGUACG